CACCAGUGUUUCCAGCAGUUUCUCUGUCUCUACUGUGACAACAUACACUUUUCACUGUCAUUCACUAAAUACAAAACACAACAUUUCAGUGGGAUCAAUAGUUCAGUGUCUCUUCACCUUCGGGUCGAUGUGUAACUACAUUUCCCACACUGCUUCACUCUACACUUGCAAACACAGGGACUGAAGGACAGGUGUCACAUGACUUAGCUCACAUCUUGUUCUGUACAAAGGUAAUAAAAACAGAUAGCAGAAUAUACUGUCAUUAAUGAAUAACCAAUGAAAGAUUUGGAUGAAAUUGAAAGCAGAUUCUGUCAUUGCUGAACGGAGUCAGGACGCCAUUACAGGCUGGGAAAUCUCGAACUGAACAAUAAUCACCUGGACAGUGUAAGAGCCAAGCUGAAGGGAAAUUAAACUUGGUGAGUCUUUCAAUUACAAACAAUUUGAAAUCAGAGGAAAUGGCUGAGAAAGUUGCUCUACUUGAACGUUUCCUGAGUUGCCAUGUGUGUUCAGAGACUUUCAGAGAUCCUGUGUCUCUGAGCUGCAACCACAGCUUCUGUUCAAGCUGCCUGAAGAAAUUCUGGGAACAAGCUAAAAACAAAAACUGUCCAAUUUGCAAAAGAAAAUCUUCAAAGGCUUUUCUACCUGUGAACCUUGCACUGAAGGAACUGGCUGAUUCCUUUGCUGUGAGACAGAAAUCUGGAUCAUCUGAGACAGAACUGGGAGAGAAGAAGGUGGAGGUGGUUUGUAGUAAACAUCAAGACGAGCCUAAAUUGUUCUGUAAGGAUGAAGAUAGAGCUCUGUGUACUGUCUGUGAUUUUCCUCACCACCAGAGUCACAAGGUGGUUCCUCUAGAACAAGCAGUCAGUGACCUGAAGGAGCAGCUGAAAUCUGACUUAAAGUCUCUACAGGACAAGAGGAGCAAAUACAAACAAAUGGAUAAAACAUACAGUGAAACGAUUCAACACUCCAAGAAGCAGCUGUCGUCCACUGAGAGGCAGAUCAGAGCAGAGUUCAACAAGCUCUACCAGUUCCUGAAAGAGGAAGAGGAGUCUAGACUGGCAGCUCUGAGGGAGGAAGAGGAGCAGAAGGGGAAGACUAUCAGCAAGGAGAUGAAGAUGAUUCAGGAGCAGAUCUCCUCUCUGUCAGACAGUAUCUCUGCUGUUGAAGAAGACCUGCAGAAACACAACGUGCCGUUCCUCAGCAGUUAUAAACCCACUCAGACCAGAGCCAGAGCCCAGUGCUCACUGUCAGAUCCACAGCUGCUCUCAGGAGCUCUGAUAGAUGUGGCCAAACACCUGGGCAACCUGUCCUUCAGAGUCUGGGAGAAGAUGAAGGAGAAGGUCCACUUCAGUCCUGUCAUUCUGGACCCAAACACUGCAUACCCCUGUCUCCAUCUGUCUGAUGAUCUGACCAGUGUGAGACAUGGAGACACAGAGCAGCAGCUCCCUGACAAUCCAGAGAGAUUCAUUAAGUAUGCCACUGUUCUGGGCUCUGAGGGCUUCAGCUCAGGGAAACACAGCUGGGAGGUGGAGGUGGGAGACCAUCCUCGCUGGAUUGUGGGUUUGGCUAAUGAGUCAUUUGACAGGAAGGGAGAGAUAUGUAAUUCACCAGAACAUGGAAUCUGGGGUAUAUUACAUCGCAGUGGAAAAUACACCAAUCUUGUUGAUGAGACUAUCACAGUGAAGAAGAGUCUCCAGAGGAUCAGAGUCCAGCUGGACCAUGACAGGGGGGAGGUGUCCUUCUACGACCCUGAAGACGUGACUCCCAUCUCCACUCACAGAGACACUUUCACUGAGAAACUUUUCCCAUAUUUCAGUACUUAUCCAGCUGGUGAUGCCAAAACCUCUGAUAUCAAACUGUGUCACACUGAGAUUUCUCUGUGAUGUUCAGGGAUGUUAGUUUUUCCCUCAUGAUGGUUUGAGGUUUAUUACACUUUAAACUCAUCAUCACACUUUACAGCCAACCUGCUUCUUUUUAAAUAAUAUAAUCAUCAUCAGUUUUAGUUUUUAAGAUUUCUGAUUGAUUGUUAUUUAAUGAUCUUAUUCAUGAAGAGAAUUGAUCUGUUGUUGAUGGUCACAGAAACUUUACUGUCUAAAAUUGAUCAUGUAAAAUGAUUUUAUCUUCAAUUGUUGUUGUCAUGGAAACUCAUGGAAAUCCAAACUGUUGUUUUUAUAUGAAAAUCAUUUAGUUACAGUUUUGUUUUCUUUAGUUCAGAUUUAUUCAUGUUGGUAACUCCUGCUGUCGAUUUUCAGCUUUUCAAAAAUAGAUUUAGUUUGUAGGUUUGUUGGAUCUUUAUUCUAAAAAUAAAGAUUAAUAUCCAAGAAAAUGUGACAACAAAUUGUUGAAGCUGUAUCACAUCAUCAGGAGACAAACUUUACAAAUCAGAGCUGUUCAUUCCUGGUUCUCAGCAUCUUGUUUUGAGUCAAAUAACAUUGUAUAGUAGUUUAUAUUCACUGUCCUGAUGCUCUGACUGUUUCAGUUCUGUGACAUUUUGUUCAUCAGCAGUUUUACUUUUUGAUCUUCUUGUGUCAUGUGAUGAGUUUUUAAUAGUUUUUUUUAAUGAAGUGUUUGAUUACACUGCUUCUUAAAAAUAAGUAUUUGUUACUUUUGUACUGUCAAUAAAAUGAUUGAUAAAUAACAAUGUCCAGUUCAUGAUGAUGAGCUUCAAGUACAAAUUACAAAACAUAUAAAUCAUACAGAUCUAUUUUAUAACCUGUGUUUUCUCAACAAUUUA